UUGGCUCCGACAUCCCCAGGCUGCUCUAAAUUCCGUUCCUUUGGAGAAGGAGGACCCCAAAGGGAAGGGACGGAGGCUGAAUCAGGAGGAGAAGAAGGAGAACAAGAAGAACAAGAAUGUUGUCCUCUGAUUCCAGGCAAGGGCCAUAAUCUGAACCCUGAAGAUGAUGAGCAUUUCAAAGCAAGGAUGAAGGAAAUGCCUGUUUCGCUCAAAAAUAUCAUUAGAAUCAGUGAGACAGGGUUUCGCAGGGCGCCCGAAGAUCACGUGACUCCGGAUCCAGGCGUUUUGACAGCAGCGAGGGGAGCUGGGUCGGGACCCUCGCCCGCUGAAUUUUAGGCGGCUGUUUUCUUUCGCUGGAAUUUGGGAGCGGAGGUCGCUCCUGCUCCUCGCCGGAGGGUCGCUGGUUCAAUCCCAGUAACUCCCUGCAACCCUCUGCCUCGCACAGGGAACGAGCCCUUAGGCUGCGCUGCCCGCAGGCCGGUCCCGAAGCCGGUGUUGUUGAGAUGGGUGUCUGAGAUCACCAGGGACUCUCCCGGAGCCCCAGUUAUAUGGGUUUGUUGCAAGGACAGAGAGACAGAGAUCCACCCCAGAGAGGAACCUUGCAAAUGAAGGGAUGGAGGCAUUCAUUCCUUACAGGAUCAAGAGGACCCUGUGACCUUCACAGACGUGGCCGUGAAUUUCACCAGGGAGGAGUGGGCCCUCCUGGACUCCGGGCAGAGAAUUCUCUAUAGAGACGUGAUGCUGGAAAACUGCAGGAACCUGGCCUCUCUGGAUUUGCUAACGCAACAUCAAACCAAAAACUCAACCCCUCAGCCGGACAUUCUUGCUAAAAAGACACCUGUUGAAGCAAAGAGAGUGUGCACUGUGAGCCAUGCUUCCCGGCCGUCCCAAUUGGGAGAAGACUGGAAAUGCCACAAAACAGACGAACCACUCACGCAAAGGGAGCAAAAGUUGAAGCAAGUUGCCACUGUACACGAAAAAGAUGAGUCUCCGGUUAGAAUCCAUGACUCUCAUGAUAUGAGGGACGACUCUCUGCCUAGCUCAUGGAGAGAUUCUAUAGGAAACCGUAUCCAGAAACAUGGCUCAGAUAUUCUGAAACAAAAUCCUGCCCUAACCAGUCAUCAAAAGAUCUACAGAAACAACAAAAAUGAUAGAGUCUUGCAGCAGAGUGUUGAGACGACCCCAUCUGUAGGACAUCAGAUGGAGCCAGAGUCCAAAAUAUGGACUGACCGUCAGAACAAUGUGCUUCAGACACGUAAUAAUGUCUGCAGGGGGGUGGACAUCCAUGAAUGGGAUCCAUUUGGAAAAACCUUUGAGGAAGACAUUUCCCUUAGGUUAUGCAAGACUCCCAUGAAAGAGAAGACUUACGAGUCUAAUCCAUGUGAAAUCACCUUCCAAAAUAGCUCAACCCAUGAUGUUCAGAGGCAACCCGAUACGGCAGAGGCAAAUCAUAAGAAUCAAGGUGAGAAAACCUCUGUCCACAUUGCAAAUUCUGACUCACACAGGAAGACUAAGACCAGAGAGGGGAGAUAUAUAUGUCAAGAUUGUAGGAAAAGUUACGUGCAUCUGUCAUUCCUUACGAAACACAUGGAAAUUCACACCGGAGAGAAACCUUAUGAAUGCAAGACCUGUGGGAAAGCCUUUAGAUAUACCUUACACCUUAACAAACACUUAAAAAAGCACAUUAGGAAGAAGCCCUAUAAAUGUGAGGAAUGUGGGAAAGGCUUCACCAAUUCUCACAGAUUUAAAAACCAUCUGAAAACUCACCGUUGAGGGAUGCCUGGUCAGCUCAAUGGGGAGAGUGUGCGACUCUUGAUCUCGGGGUUGUGAGUCUGAGCCCC